AUGAAAGAUGGAGAAGAUAAGGAAGAGGUCUUGAGUCAGGAGAUUCUGGACAAGCUGAGCCAGAAAUUUCUCAAAGAAGUUUGGAAUUCAGAAGUAGCCAUGAUGGAGUCCAUCCUGAAUCUAGACGGAAGUUUAGGCCUAAAAACGCGUCUUACCAUGGCUCCAUCAAAGCUCACAGAUCUCUUAAAGAGGCUGUCGGUGUACCAAAACGAGUCUGACUACUACCUCGAGACGGUUUUCGAAUUUCUGGAGAUGGUUUUGGAUUCGAUAUAUGUUCCAAAAAAGUGA